UAUGCAAUUUGGACGUUCCUUCAAUUGAAGCAUUGGCUUUGAGAACAUCAUGGGGCCUUUCUGGUACUUCAUUCUCCUCAUUGGAGCAGUGGCCUUGGGGGACGAAGGAAUCCGUAAUGUUCCUGGCUGUGGGGAUUCAUCAACGAAAAUUGAAGCAGAAAGCUCAUCAUCCGUGCCAAAUACAACGACAGGAACGCCCCCAUCCACAACUGCUACUCCGAAUGAAACCACCUCCGCAACAGCAACUACCAAAAGAGGCACUAUACCGGAAGACCAAAGUAAAUACGGAUAUUACUCAGAGAAUGGCUGCCUCCACAGGGUGCUGCUAUCACAUGGGCGUAUGUACCAUGCAACCUGCACAUUCUUGUGUCAGUGGUCUCGGCGUCUUCAUCGAGUUUACGACGGGAAACCCUGCUUGAGGCUAUUGGAAAACAGAUUUCAAGAGCGGCAGUACACUCGCAGUAAGGUUUGUCGCACGGGACACUGCCUGAGGGGUAUUUGCGUACCUAACGGCUACGUACAACAGUGUGAAAUACCAAACAAUGGCCCCCGCCUGCCUCAGCGUCCCCCGCAAGGUCCUUACGAAUAA